AAGUGUUGAGAAGUUUCCAUAAUUAUGUCCUGUUUGAUAUUAUAAUCACCAUUUAUAAGCGAUCAUCUCCUGAUUCUUUCAAGCUGUUCGCUCUUCUUAUUCGUGACGUUCAAGAUGCGUGUAGUUAUUAUAUUAUUUACCGUUGUAGCAGUUGCGCUCAGCAAUAAUUUCAAUUUGGAAAAUUUGGAUAUAGACAAGUUAUUGAGUAAUGAGAAUCAGAGGAAAGCAGCUUUCGCAUGCCUCAUGGAUCAGAAGCCCUGUGGAGAAUUUCAGGGAUUAAAAGAUUCUAUACCUCACAUGGUGAAAACAAAAUGUGGUGAUUGUACUCCAAAACAGAAGCAGAAGUAUGACUAUGUAUCUAAAGUUCUUUUUGAAAAGCAUCCAGAAUACUUUAAUGCUUUAGCAUUAAAAUAUUCAACGCCGGCGCAUUAAAUUUAAGUAAAUUAAAACAGCUCUAUAUUUUCCUUUGAUAAUCAUGCAAAAUUAAAGUUGUAUUAUCGGCUUAAAUACAUAAUAUAUUCAGUUUAUAACAGUC